AUGGGCCGUAUCUUGAAGCCAGGACGUGUUGUCAUCUUGCUCGGUGGACGUUUCGCCGGACGCAAAGCUAUCGUCGUCAAGUCCUACGAUGACGGCAGCAACGACAGACCAUAUGGCCACGCUUUGGUUGCUGGUAUUGACAAGUACCCAAGAAAGGUUACCAAGACCAUGGGAAAGAAGAAGAUCGCCAAGAGAAGCACUCUCCGACCAUUCGUCAAAGUACAGAGUUUCUCUCACCUUCUCCCAACUCGGUAAGUUUAAAAUAUUUUGUUUGGUCAAUGGCUGUUUGAUAAUUAAUGGAGCAUGUUUUCUAUAGUUUGUGGGGUUACAAGACUUGGUUUAAUUUUUUUAACGAAUUGCUUCCAGAUUGACAGUCGAUGUCGAAUUGAACAAGGAUUUGGUUAACAAGGAGACUUUGAAGAACCCCACCAAGAAGAGACAAGCUGUUGCGUCGACCAAGAAAGAACUUGAAUCCCGUUACAAGACAGGAAAGAACAAAUGGCUCUUCACCAAACUUCGUUUCUAA